GUUACCGGCUGACUAGAGGAAGCAGGAGCUGGAGUAUAAACAGCAGGUACAGGGGCUGUGGAAUAGCUACAGGCAAGCAACACUGUGAAGUACUGGCAAACACUCUCCUGGGACUGACUGUUAGGGCUCACUGACAUUCCCUCUACAGCAACUGACAAAUUUCUUGCGUACAUAUAACUAAAGAAUAGGGUCAUGGAGUUUGCUGGGAAGAGGUUAAAAGGCCUAAUAGCUGCCACUUUUACCCCAAUGACAUCAAACAGUGACAUCAACCUGCCAGUCAUUAAGCAAUAUGUAGACUAUCUGGUUCAGAAACAGCAUGUGAGAAAUAUAUUUGUGAAUGGCACAACAGGAGAAGGAAUGUCCUUAAGUGUCCAGGAGAGGAAGUGUCUGGCGGAAGAGUGGGUGAAGCAGGCAAGAGGCAAAAUGGACAAUGUGAUUAUACACGUGGGAUGUCUCAGCUUGAGUGACUCUAAAGAUCUAGCUGCCCACGCUGCUUCCUGUGGAGCUGAUGCAAUCAGUAUUGUUUGCCCUUCAUUCCUCAAACCUUCCAGUUUAGAUGCAUUGGUUCUGUACAUGAAGGAAGUUGCCUUUGCUGCCCCCAGUUUACCAUUUUAUUACUACCACAUUCCCAGGUUAACUGGAACAACAUACCAGAUAUGUGAACUUCUUAGGAAGGCAAAAGAAAAUAUCCCAUCAUUUCGUGGAGUGAAAUUUACUGAUGUUAACCUUAUGGACUUCGGUCUCUGUGUCAGUCAGUAUAAAGAGUUUGAUUGUCUUUAUGGUGUGGAUGAGCAACUACUAGGAGCAUUGGCUUUUGGUGCACAUGGUGCUGUUGGCAGCACAUAUAAUUAUCUUGGCAAAAAAAAUGGUGACAUGAUGGCAGCAUUUGAGGGUGGCAAUUUGCAGGAAGCACGCAAAAUUCAGUGCUCUCUUCAGGAAUUCCUCCUCUUUGUGUUUGACAUGGGGUGGGGUUUACCUGAAUUUAAAGACAUCAUGUCACAGAUAUCUGGGAUCCCACUUGGCCCUCCUCGCCUUCCACUAUAUUCUUCCGUGAAAUCGGAUCAUCAUGAUAGUAUCAGGACCAAAAUGUUAAAGCUGGACCUCAUCUGAGAAAUAAAAUAGAACUUCUGUAUUAGGAGCAUAAUCCAGUCUACAGGAUAGAACAAAAUAGAUUUUGUUCCUUUUUUUUAGGUCAAUGAUUUUUCAAGAUUAAACAAGCUGGCAGUUGCCAAAAUAGAA